UAGGAUUGAGGCGUUUUUCUCCGCUCUGCGCUGAGAGAGAGAGAGACUGCAGCAUGCUGCACUGCAUUCACACUAGAGCACAUGAGAAUCUGCCCACAAAAGCACACGCGUGUCCGUUUGCUAACGCUGCAGCCGUCGGAUUCACCGCAGCACAGAUGUUUGAGCGUGUGAGCUCAUUCAAAGAGGGUAACUUGUGUCUUAAGGUGUCUAAAUCUGCCCCCACACACACACCCCCGGCAUUCAUGCACAUCAGCGACUCCUCCCACUUAUCCCCCCCAUCCAUCCAGGUCGACAGCAGGACGGUGUAGCGACUCGGCCGCAGCGCUGAAACUGGAGCUUCACCCUGACAGCUUUUGGUUUCCCUCUUGGACAUUGUAGGAUUAUAACACUAUUCUGGAAACGUCAUCGAGGUCGAGAAGAUUUAUCUAGGAGACUGAACGCUUUGGUGUUUGUCUACGUGUGUGUUCCGGUUGUUUUUUUCAAAGCGUUGGACUGACGCACGGAUACUGCAGCAGAACUGCAGGGGCCUGCACGCUAACCUGGAGGACAUGAGGACCCAGCGGAACCCCCGCCCCUGAGCUCCAGACCCUGCUGCUUCUGCACAUUCUGCUGAGCUGAGCAGAGCUCUCGGAGGCCAAUAGGAUGCUGACAGCUCGUGAUGGAGCUCGGGAUGAAGCUCAGAAGCUGCACAGGAAAUGGAUGAAGCACCAGGCCUUCAUGGCCGAACUCGCCCGCAACAAAGAAUGGCUCGCCAAGAUCGAACAGGAGGGCGAGGAGCUGAUUCAGGAACAGCCCGAGUUACGUUCAGUGGUGCAGAUAAAGUUGAAAGAAAUCAGAGAGUGCUGGUCUCACCUAGAAAACACCACUAAGGUCAAGGCCCGGCAGCUGUUUGAAACCCAAAAUCACCGUACUAGUGACGUACCCGUCAACAGCCUCAGUGACCUGGACCAGCAUCUCACCAUCAUACAGGACCAGCCACCCACACUGAGCUCCGCCCACACCACUCAACCCACCCUUCUACAGCCCCGCCCCACUUUUAGCCAGCAGCUGCAGAGGAUUCAAUCGAUGGAAGCCAAGAUGCAGCUUUAUCACGGUGUUGGGGAAGUGAGAGGCGGAGCUGAUCAGCGAAGACUGGAGGGGGAGGAGCCAAGAGGCAUAGCGGAGACACGAAUCGUGCGUCUCAUUGAGCCUUUGAAGGAAAGAAGGCGUAUCCUUCUGGCUUCGAAAGAAAUGCACCAGGUCACCCAGGACCUGGAGGAUGAGAUUAUAUGGAUUCAGGAGCGGUUGCAUCUGGCCUCAUCUUCGGAAUAUGGCACCAAUCUCCAGAGUGUCCAGCUGUUAAUAAAAAGCCAUGAGGCUUUGCAGAUAGAAAUGCUGGCUCGGAGAGGGCGGCUGGAAGAAGUGCUGGACAGGGCGGAGGUUGUCGCUGCUUUGCAAACCCCAGAGGUGGAGAUUGUGCGGGAGGGGGCAGGGCACGUGAGGCAGCUGUGGGAGGUGCUACAGGUACAGAUGGAACGUCGCUCAGUGAUGCUGGAGGCUGUAAGCCACGCCCAGCAGUACUAUACCCAGGCAGCAAAGGCGGAGUCUUGGCUCAGUGGACAGAAACUUCAGGUUCUCAAUGAGGAAAAAGGAAACGAUGAAGCGAGUACUCUGAAACUACUAAAGGAGCAACUGGCUUUAGACCAGACAGUGGAGAAUUAUGCUGAAACCGUGAGCUCACUGUCCCAGCUGUGCCGUCGUAUGCUUGAGCUGGGACAUCCCGACAGUGAGCAGAUCACCAAACAGCAGGCUCAUAUAGACCGGCUCUAAGUGUCUCUGAAAGAUCUGGUUGAGCAGAGAAAGACAAAGCUGGAGCAGCAGUACUGGCUGUAUCAGCUGAAGCGAGAGGUGGAGGCGCUGGAAAAAUGGAUCACUGAGAGAGAGUCUGUGGCAAGCUCCACUGAGCUCGGAGAGAACCUGGAGCAUGUCACGGCUCUACAGGAGAGCUUUACUCGGUUCUCGUCUGAGACACGUUCAGUGGGCCAGAAACAGAUGGAUUCCGUCAACAAAAUGGUGAAUGAGAUGAUUGACUGCAGUCAUUCUGAUGCCGCCACCAUCGCAGAAUGGAAGGACGGACUGAACGAGUCCUGGGCGGAUCUUCUGGAGCUCAUGGAGACCAGAGCACAGAUGCUUGCUGCCUCCUUCCAGCUGCAUAAGUUUUUUACUGAUUGUCAGGAGGUGUUGGUCCAAAUUGAAGGAAAGAUGAGGCAGCUGCCGGAGGUGAGGUCAUGUCAAGUGAGCUCGGCCAACCCUGGCACACUUCAGAGACUCCUGCACUCCUUUGAGCACUCCCUGCAGCUGCUGGUCUCCCAGGUACGUCAGCUGCAAGAAAACGCAGCUCAGCUGCGAGCCAUUUACGCCGGAGAGAAGGCAGAUGCCAUUCUGAGCCGUGAGCAGGAAGUGAUGCAGGCCUGGAAAGAGCUCCUCGUUGCGUGCGAGGGCAGUCGCGUACAGAUCACCACAGUUACCGAUAAGAUCCAGUUCUUUGCCAUGGUGCGGGAACUGAGCAUGUGGAUGGAUGGAAUCAUGGGACAGAUCGGCACGGCUGACAGCGCAAGGGACAUCUCUAUGCUGGAGGGGAUGAUGUCGCAGCAUCAGAGCCUGAAAAUUAAGAUGGACAACAAGAGCAAGAACUUUGUGCAUUGCGUGGAGAUGGGAAAGAUGCUUCUCGCAGCCCGCAACCCUGCGGCUGAAGAGGUAAAGGAGAAGCUGGACUAUGUGAUAGCAAAGCAGAAAGAGUUAAAUGACCGAUGGGAGCAGCACUGGGAAAAGCUUCAACUGGCCCAACAGAGGCUACAGUCUACCCAGCCGGGAUUGGCUGAGCAGUCCUGGCUCACAAUCAAGGAGCCAAUCACUCCAACCACUCGUGAGGCAGGGGGCGGGACUGACGAGGUAGAGGAGCUGAUUCGCAGGCACGAAGCAUUCCGCAAGGCCGCGGCCACAUGGAAGGACCAUUUCAGCUCAUUGCGACAGGCAGAAAAGUUGAAGGAGGAACAGAACAAGCCUGCCACCUCCUCACUCCUCAGCAGGCAGAUGUUUCCUCUCUCCUGCCUUGUGCCCAGCUCCUCAUCCUCUUCUUCGUCCUCCUCUCUCUUCCGUAACCCUCUUCAGGACUCGCUUCUGGAGUCCAAGCCCGGGCCGGACCUCAUACACUCCAUUGAACACACAAUGGCGCACGCGCUUACCCAGCGACUUGGGUCCACCCUGAACCCCUACUCACCCGUCAUGAAUGGCUCACCUUACCACGGGCUCAACCAGCCAUCAGGGCUCGUAGGGGAGGGUCUUUCCUACCAUGGGCUAAAACAACAGGGUGUUUCGGUAUUGGAUAAUUCGAGCUAUCCCGGGUUAAACCAACAAGUUGGUGUCUUGGGGGUCAACAGCUCAAGCUACACUGGAUUAAACCAACAGGGUGCUUUAGGAGACGACAACUCCGGCUACCACAGCCUGAACCAUUUAGGGGCUGUGGGGGUGGUAGAACCCAAAAUGGGAUAUGCUUGGCAGCAACUGAAUGCUGACUGCCGUCAGCCCAAAAUCAACCACAUUCACAAGGCCGUUCCACCUUUACUGGAGGCGCACCGAGCUCAGCUCGCCUGUGGAGGAGCAAACAUGCCGGCUCCCCCUAUGGGCAUGGACCCCUCGCUAGAGAUGAUCCACAGCCGUUUACAGAGGGACCCCCGUGGUAGCCGGUCCGACCCGCAGAUGGAUCACAUGAGGCGGGAGAGAGAGUACCGCCUUGGCCGACAGACCUCCAGCGAGCAAGAGAUCCAGGCGCGACUCAAUGAGCUCCCGCUUAUAGUUAGACAAGAACGAUACCGUCGGAGAAUGGAGAGACAGUCGUCUAGCGAGCAGGAGGGAAGCGGGAGGCAAAGAGUACAAAAACAUGACUCCAGCGAUGCAGAUUCUGGGAGAGAGCCGUCCGACAAGAAACCAUCCGGGGAGAAGCGUUCCACUAUGGCUGAGAUAGUUGAACAAGUUCAGGAGAGAGAAGCUUGAAAUGCAAGAGGGGAGAUGUACCGGCCCUCCAGCAGCCUCUCUGCACCAGUGGGCCGCUUGGAUCGACCCCGCGCACGUGAUCGCCCCAAACCACGGCGGAGACCUCGCCCGAAAGAACCCGAGGAGCCACGGAGGUCACGUUCUGCUCCUUCGCAGAGCAUCCCAACUACACCCCAACCUCCUACACACACCAUCCAGCAUGAAGGAUUUCUCUACAGGAAACAUGAGGAGGAGGGAAAAGAGAGGAGCCCUAACAGCAAGUCGUGGGUGAAUCUGUUUUGUGUGCUCAAACAAGGAGAGAUCGGUUUCUACAAGGACGCAAGGCACAGGACCACACCCUAUAACGAUGAGCCCCUUCUCAACCUGGCCAUCUGCACUUUUGACACUACCAAUGGAUAUAAAAAGAAGAAGAAUGUCUUCAUUCUCAGGACCACUGCUGAUGGGGAUUACAUCUUCCUGGCCAAGGAUGAGGAGGAUCUGAAGGGUUGGGUCAACAGUAUCAAUGCUAGCCUAAAAGAGAUCGAAGAAAUUGCUAAGUGGGAAAAAGCCACAAACUCCUCCACCGACCCUGACAAAUCAGAGCGCAAGGAGCGAUCAGAAGGAGCGGAGCCAUCCGAGGGGGCGGAGAGGUCAGAGAAGUCUGAACGUUCAGACCGAUCAGAUAAAAUAGAGGCAUCGGACAAAAGCUCAGAAAAGAGGGACGCAUCAGAGAAAGAAAGCGGAGGGAGAGGAGAACGAGGGGAGAGAGCGGAAAGGGCAGAACGGGGUUCCAGGGGUUCCAGCACUUCCGGGAAAAAGUGACCUCAUCUAAGGUCCGUCUGCAAAAAGCACAAUUUCACCAAUCUCUGGAGUAUUAGAAAAGACACCGGAUGCUGUCCUACACCGUGAUUCCUGCAUUUCUGAAAGCAACCACCUGAGUUCACUGUUGCGUUUAUUUCGCUCUGUGAAUCUAUCAGCAGUUAGAAACACAAACUCAAGAUAAUGCUGAAAUAACUUCUUUUGAACUCUUCAUUGAACUUAUUUUUCUAUAUGAUCAAAACUCAGUAUUUGUGUGUGAUUCAGUCUUCUUUGCUAAGCCUUGCUUAAUUUAUUUAGCAGUGCCACCCGCUUGCCAUUUAUCCAGCUUGACCUCACCAGCAAGUCUUUGUUUUUUUUUUAUUUUGGAAAGAAUGUAAAAAAAACAAGCCCUAAAAUAAAGGAGGAUGCGUGUGGGUUGCCCUCCUAAAUCCAAAGUCAGUUGUUUUACACGUGAAACUAAAGAAAAAACACUUAUUAAGUUGCAUGAAAGAGAAUAUAGAGGUGAUUUCUAUGCAACAGUUGUGCAUGUUUAUCAAAAAGGGUUUCAAUCUUCAGCAAAGCACUGGGUUUGGAUGACGAUGAUGAAGAAAUGAGUGGAAUGAGCAGAUGACUUGUAUAGAAAUGUGACAUUAAAUCAUUUAUGAACUGAUAUCUGCACUAAUUCAUAAAUACAGUUGUAUAU